AAAAUUUGUGUAGAAAAAGCUCGAGAAUGGCCAUUACUUGCCAAUGACUAUUUAUCUCCUAUGACAUCACAGAGAUGGGAGUCUACUCACAUAACUGUCCAAGUUGAAUAUCAUCGAAUAGUAAAGAAGCUUUGA